CCUAUGAUCACUGUUACAUCAAUUUUAUGGCUUUAUUUUGGUGAUUUCGAGAAGUUUUUUGGUUUGGCCAUGUUUGUUUGUUGUAGUACAGAGUUAGACUGAUGGCUUUAAUCUAAGUUGUCUUGUGGUUGUUGUUGUUUGACUUGCAUCCCACUGGGAUUUGUGCUUUUUCUGCAAUAUUUUGCUGUCUUUUCUUGGAUUUUCUGUUUGCACAAAGUCACUUUAAGACGUUUUCUUGUUCAUGUUUGUUGCGGUUGCACCCGAUUCAAGAGCCGAAUGGCUCACAGGGCUAUACCAAAUACAUAAACUUGAACAAGGCCUCACAAUUGAGGCCUUAUAAUUCACUGCGGCAGGGGGUUUGACUUCCAAAUUAUCGUGGUCUCUCUGUGUUGUUGUCUUCACAAAGAAAGAGCCGUCAUAAGUAAGGCAACAUCAGAAUAGCUCCAAUCGUUGCUGUUGCCCCAGCACGAUUCACUGCUGAGAUCUCAAGCCAAGCCACCCCUGCUGCCAAAGCCCUUCGUUGCGGCGAGUGUCGUGCCUCUCAUGCGUGCAGGGAUGGCAUCUUCAGGGUCACUUACUGCCAGGCUACUCUCCCUGUACAGCCCUUGUGCAGCAUCAGCAGCGGCGGCGGCUCACUCACCUGCACAGCUCAACUUUGUGCACGGCCGACAGACGAUCCCUGAUAAGUCGACCGGUGGGCCAGAGUUUGACGUCGUCAACCCUGCUACAGGUGGCCUACUUUGCCGAGGCCAGGCAUCUGGCGCAAUGGACGUUCAGGCGGCCGUGAAGGAUGCCCGAGAGGCAUUUGAGGGGUCCUGGAGGGGGCUUUCAGGCUCGGAGCGAAGCCAAUUUCUCCUGCGAGCAUCUGCAAUAAUCAAGGAAAGGAGGGAGGAGUUGGCCGUGAUGGAGGUGAAGGACACGGGCAAGCCGGUGUACGAGGCGCGGAUGGAUGUGGACUCGGGGUGGCAGUGCCUGGAGUACUUUGCGGGACUCGCUCCCACCAUCGCCGGACAGCACAUUCAACUCCCUGGCGGCUCCUUCAUGUACUCGAGGCGGGAGCCGUUGGGAGUGUGUGUGGGCAUCGGAGCGUGGAACUUCCCCUUUCAGAUCGCCUGCUGGAAGUCUGCCCCAGCCCUGGCGUGCGGCAAUGCAAUGGUAUUUAAGCCGUCGCCCCUCACUCCGCUGACCGCCGUGGCUUUGGCGGAGAUUUACACCGAGGCCGGUUUACCACCGGGCCUCUUUAACAUCGUCCAGGGCGAUGGGGAAACCGGGCAGCUGCUGUGCUCCCAUAACGACGUGGCCAAGGUGUCCUGCACUGGCAGCGUGGGCACAGGCGUCAAGGUGCUGCAACAGACAGCGCCAAGGAUAAAGCCCGUGACCCUGGAGCUCGGGGGAAAGUCCCCCCUCAUCGUGUUCAGCGACUGCGACCUGGACAACGCGGUCAAGGCAGCCCUCAUGGGGAACUUCCUCAGCCAGGGACAGGUGUGCUCCAAUGCGACACGAGUGUUCGUCCAGCGAUCCGUGUGCGAGCGGUUCCUGGAGCGAUUGCUGGACAGGGUGAACGCCAUCCGCAUCGGAGACCCCCAGCAAGACGGCACCACCAUGGGAGCCCUCAUCAGCCAGAGCCACCUGGACAGGGUGCUGGGCUACGUGCAGAGGGCCGUGCAGGAGGGAGCAAAGCUCGUUUGCGGUGGCAAAAAAUAUGUUCCUGAGGAUCCCAGCCUUAAGGGAGGGUUCUUCAUGACUCCCUGUGUUCUGGCGGAGUGCAGGGACGACAUGCAGGCCGUGCGGGAGGAAAUAUUUGGACCUGUCAUGGCCGUCCUCGCCUUUGACACGGAGGAAGAGGUGUUGCAGAGGGCAAAUGCGACAGACUUUGGAUUGGCAGCCGGCGUUUUCACUAAAGAUCUGACUCGAGCCCAUCGUGUAAUAGCUGCUCUGCAAGCUGGGUCCUGCUACAUCAACAACUACAACGUUGUCUUAAUGGAGAUGCCCUUUGGAGGCUACAAGAUGUCUGGGUUUGGAAGGGAGAAUGGAAUGGCCACUGUGGACUAUUACACUCAGCUCAAGACUGUGUAUGUUGAGAUGGGAGAUGUUACAUGCACACUGUAACACUCACUUCUCGGAUUCUUAAAAAAAAAAGUCAUGCAGCUUUACAAUUAAAAUUUUAAUCAAUCAA